AACACUUACCAUACUUUAACCCGGCCUUGCAUUAUACUACCACCGCUCUCACGGAAUAAAACAAUCUAUUUAAAUCUUGGGGAUUUCCAAAGUAGUGAACUGGACUGAUUAGCUAAGAUUAUGUUUUGACAGACGAAAAAAUAAUUUUGUGUUUGUUGAUUUGUGUUAGGUUUAUUUUCUUUAUUCCUAAUAAAGCGGCCAUAGCCAGGAUAUUUAUACUGAAAUUGUUGCCUGCUGGGCUCGUUCUGUGCCAUUCAUAAAUGGCAGAACUUGAAGGGUCUAGUAUUGAUGAUUUGCCCAGAGAUGACAUUAUCAAAGCGAAUAUUCUGGCAUAUCUUCCCCAUAUUCGCACCUUCAUUCAAUCGACAGAUCUUCUCAGAUUGGAAUGUUAUAGCAAAGAGCAAAGAAAGAAGAUAUUUGAACUGUCCCGAAAGAGCGUUGACAAAGCUGUUGAGCUCGGUUUGCGAAUGCUUAUCUAUGACAUAGAGGACUCCGGGCGUUUUACCGCGUUCAGGGAGCUGAUGGCCAGCGAAAACGGAUAUCCAAAGAUUGCCCGAUAUAUCGAGGGUGAAAUUGUUGCUUCAGAUGAACACUUCAGGAAACUUUUGGAACUGUUUGCUGAUCAAAUAGUUCCAGUAGUGAAUCCAACGGAGAUUUUACCAUCCUUGCUUACAAGAGAACUUAUAACGAACGAAGAUGUUCAGAGGAUUAUAGCUGAAACGCAUAACCACGGCAGGGACGUUGCAGCAUGGGAAAUGCUUUUAAGAUUACAAAGCAGAAAGGAAAACUGGUUUAAAGAUUUCUUGGUCAUUUUGAUUGACCAUGGAUAUAACGAUGUAGCGGAAAAACUGGAGCCGGAUAUGUUCAACAAGAUUGUUGUGCAGAAAAACGAAGACACUCAGUUGAGUGACAAUUUAAGAGAUAGCAACGUUUCUAUGAGUUCUGAAACAGAGGAACCAAAUGCUUUUGUGACUGAAAAAUGUGAAAUUGACAGUGGGGAGCACAAACAAACAAACACGGAUAUGGAAAUGACAAAUUUGAAUUCAGAACCAAUUGCCAGCUCUCAUUGCAAACCUAACGAACUUGGAUCGAAUACCUUAAAGAUUGAGUUGGACAAACUUGGCAUGGAAAUUGUGGACAUGCUACUGCCGCAAAACAAAGAAGCAGUUGUGACUCCCUGCGUUAAUGAUGAUACUACAAGUUUAAAAGCCAUACAAGCAAGAACCUUCAGAAGUGACAGUCAGACAGAUGAUGCGAUAACUGCGGAUAAAAGCGAAACUGAUAAAUUUCAAUUAAAAGAAUCCAUUACUCGAUACCCUGAUCACGAAGUACUGACCCAUUUGAAUAUGGAAACAGAAGAAACACUUGUUAAAGUUAUUGCAAGAGACGAUAUUACCAGCGGAUUAAGUCCACAAGAGGCUCAUGAAAACCAAACACAGUUAAAAAUCCAUGACGAUUCUAGCAAAAAUCACGUUUCACUGUCUGAUUUCAGCAACGAUGAAAUUAUUAAAGGUAACUUGAAAUCUUUUUCUGGAUAUAUCUGUCUGUGUUUGGAGCCAACCGACUUUUUAAGACUGCAAUAUUUUAAUCAAGAGCAACGCAAAAUGUUGAGAGACUGUGAAGACAACAUGGCUGUCAAAAUUGGCUAUGAUAUUUUCAUGAACGAAAUUGACGACCCUGGACGAUUUGUAGCUUUUUAUGAGCUUAUGGCUGGAGAAAAUGGCUAUCCCAAAAUUGCACAGUUAUUGAAAGGGGAGUUCGUUGCUUGUGACGAGCAUUACAGAAGAUUGCUGGAUUUAUUUGUGGACGAUUUAUUAGAAAAAAUCCCUAAUCCUACAACACUGAUUCCUAUUCUUGAAAGAUUCAAAGCUAUAAAUGACGCUGACGCACAAGAAAUAAGAGCAGAAUAUGUCAAUAAAGGGCAUUAUCGAGCUAUUUGGGUGUUGCUGUUCAAACUCCCUUGUAGAGUAGAGACUUGGUUUAAGGAUUUCAUGAAUGCUCUCAUUGAAUGCGAUUUAUUGGCACUGGCUGAAAAGUUGGAACCUGACAUUUACAAAAAAUUGAUGGCGCAACAUAGGUACAAUAAACAAAACAGUUGUGUGACCGAGACAGAAAUUGCAUCUUCAUUUGAAUCGGGAGAAGCAAAAAGCUGCGGAAAUGAAGACGUCCCUGACGUAACAUCGGCUUUCAAAGAACUUCUGCAUAACACUGAUAGCCAUGAGACAGAAAUAUAUUGUCGACUUCCAAAAGAGGGAACACAAACGACUGUAAAACAAGCAAGGUCUCAGAUGUAUACAACUGAAGCUGGAAAGCGAUUAGUUUAUGACAAAGAGUUUUUAUUGGCAUGUAAAGGAUCGCCCCUUUCUUCGAUUUGUCCACCCGAAAUAGCAAACAUUCCGGACAUUGACAUACGUAUGACUACUAGAAUCGGUGUCCAGGACGCAGGAAACAAUGAGAAUACGAUACGAAACGAUUUAAAUAUAAUUGGACCGGAAAGGGUCUUUAGCGAGAAAGAAUUUGAGAUCAAUAUUGAGACAGACCAAGACGAUCUUGGAACGAAUGUUAAUGACGUGGAUAUAAGUCUACGGGGUUACCAAGAAGAGUUAGCACAGGAGGGUUGUGAUGGAGAAAACGUUAUAGUGAUGGCUCCAACAAACUCGGGCAAGACCAGGGUGGCAUGCAGAAUUAUGCAGGUUCACCUAAGACGGAAAAUAGCAGAAAGGAAGAAGGUUCGUAUUUUAUUUCUUGUCGAAAACGAAGCGCUAGCCAUCCAGCAAGGAGAAGUAUGUGCAGAACGACUUCCAACUUUCAGGACAAAGGUGUUCAGUGGAAACGUCCACAGGCUGAAAAAGCAAAUGCUCUGGGAUUUCCUUGAAAAAAGAGACAUCUUUGUUGUAACAGCACAGAUUCUUGUGAAUGCUUUAAAAGCAAAGAAAAUUGAAAGCGUCAGAGAAUUUUCUCUGAUUGUGUUCGACGAAUGUCAUCAUUCAAAUAAACAACACAUGUAUAAUGAAGUUAUGGCUCGGUAUCUUCACCUAAAACUGCGGGAGAAAGUCGAUUCUUCUGAAAUGCCCCAGAUCGUUGGACUAACAGCAUCCUUGGGCGUUGGUGGAAAGACUGAACUGGGCCAAGGAGUAGAUCAUAUGAAGAGAAUUAUGGCAAACAUGGACGCAAAGUUUCUCUGUACAGUGAGAAACCCCAAAACAAUUCAGGAAUUGAAAUCAUAUGUGAACCCACCGGUUGAAGAACUAUUGCCAGUGCCUGGAAGAGCUGACGAUUCGUUCAAAAAUGCUGUCGAAGAAAUAGCCAAGCGCAUCGACGCACAUAUGGCGACACAUCGAGCUUUACGGGAUGCUGCUCCAGAGGAUGAAUUUAUAAAGACAAAAUGCAGAUUUCCACCGACAUUUGGAACCGACAAAUACCUGCAAUGGAAUGCUGAGUUCGUGAAACAUAUUGCAAAGGUCCGAUCAAAAGACAUUCGUCGAGUGAUAAAUCCUUGUCGGUUACAUUUAGAGGUGUACAACAAAGCGUUAAUGGUGCAUAGUGAUGCGAGGAUAAGAGAUGCACUGGUUAUUCUUAAAGAGUUUAUGGAAGACUUCAGGGUAGUUCGAGCAGAACAUCCUACAGACGACUUUCUCAUGGCUCUUUAUGAUGAGCUUCGUGAAGAAACAUUCGACAGGGAACUAGAAAACCCCAAACUGCUCGAACUUGAGCGAAUACUCUCUAGAGUUCUUUGCGAUGACAAGAAUGGCAGAGGAAUUAUAUUUGUGCGAACGCGUGAAUUGGCUCUAGCGUUGGUUAGAUGGGUGAACGAAACAGAUUGUUUGGACAUUCUAAAUGCUUCCGAUUUCGUUGGACAAAGUGCAUCCGCUUCAGUUGGAGGGAUGACGAAGAGUGGCCAGAAAGAUGUGUUGCAGUACUUUAAGGAUGGACAACACCGACUUCUUAUUGCGACGUCUGUAGCUGAGGAGGGUCUUGAUAUAUCUAAAUGCAACCUUGUGAUUCGUUAUGAGCAUGUCACUAAUGAAAUCGUCAGACUUCAAUCGAGAGGGCGGGCGAGAGCAAAAGAUAGCUUGUAUUAUGUCAUUGCGGAGGAGGGGUCUUGGAUUCUGGAAAAAGAAGAAAAGAAUCGUCAAUGUGAGGAACUUAUGAAUAAGGUUGUUCCAGACCUGCAGGUGUUUAUUCAAGAUCAUGCAAACGUCUGGGAGAGAGAGCUCUUAGAAAUUCAAGAAAGAAUGAAACAAGAGGAAGAAAAACAAGUAGAAGAAAGAGAGCUAAAUACGGCAGCUACAGGUGUCCGCUUUGAAUGCUUAAACUGCAGUUCCUUUAUUUGCUUGUCUGACGAUAUUAGGGUCAUAAAAUAUGCACAUCAUGUUAUUAUUGAUGAAGAAGCAAAACGACGCCUUAGCCUCAAAAGAGGGGCUCCUUCCUUUAUUGAACAAGAAGGCGCCCAAUAUGGAGGGGCCUUGUAUUGCGCAAACGAGGAAUGCCAACGGAGACUCGGAUCGAUUUGCACUUACAAAUCCUCUGAGUUUCCACUGGUAGAUCUAAAGAAUUUCAGGAUCGUUGACCAUUUAGGAAAAGGUCGCUCGUUUAAGAAAUGGAAAAAACUCAAUUGCAGAAUCGAGGAAUUUACAUUUGAAGACUUGGAGGCUGUUGUUGCUGAAAGACUUGCGAAUGUUUAAACUGCUGGUGUCAUUUUUGCGUUUGAUGAAACAUUUUGCUUUAUGAAUUACAAACUACAGCUACUAGAUAUAGUUAAUUAUCAAUGCCGUUUUAAAUACCAAAAUAAAAUUGUUGUUAACUCUUAUUUCUUUCGUUUAAUGUGCGUUUUAAAGUGUGCUGUUAUUCAUAUUGACACUAACUUGAAUGACAUUCGUUGAAGCAAAAUGCUUCAAAUCGUUCCAUUAUUAUCAAUUGUGUUAUUUAAUUUAUAUUUGUAAAUCAAAUAUUUAUAGUAUGCAUUGUGAUACAUUGCACGUCAUAGCUAUCGUGUAUAAUUCAUUGUGAUAAUUGUAAAAGUUGUGGCUAUGUCAAAGUAUAGCAAUCUGGUGAUUAUGAUAAACAACUAAUAUAAUAGUCGCUGAGCGCGUUUCCCUUUCGUGGUACUGCAUUGUCCAAAACAUAUAUUAUUCAAAUGUUACCACGUCAGUCAGUCGUCUGGUGCGAAUUUAUUUAUUCUCUGUACUGCAUGUGUAUUAUAUAAGUUAUGUUUUUGCAAUGCUUAUCUGAAUUAGCUUUGUGAUUUGUUUUGGUGAUAUGGCUGCACAUAUCAUGUAUUCUUGUUCGACUGAUGGAAUUGCUUUGUACACUUUGCUUUGUAACGCCAUAAUAUGUUGUAAGAUUGCAUGCAGAAGAACACAGCGACAGCCAAAAGUUAAAUGUUUGCUUAACUUAUUUUUUGUCAUAAUUUGAAAUGGUAUUUUGUGAUUUAUUUAUUCAUUUAUCAUUUAAUUGCUUUUAUAACAUAACUUACGGCGCAGUAGUGAUCCAUGCAGUAGUAACUCCAUGCAAUAUUGUUCAUAUGUAACUAGUGUUAUACAUAUAUAAAUUGGGUAACUGCAUCACAGACAAUAUAUAUUUAUACGCGCUGUCAAAAAAAGUAAACAAACAUGGCGUCGGCCGAAUUUCUCCUCGAGGACAAAGUAUCAAUAGAUGGCAAAGGGAAUUGUAUUGUAACCGUAUUGUAACCGAAAUUGAUUUCUGUGGCUUUGGAUCAUUGUACAUCGUAAAAACAGACGUACAAUGUUAUUGAUUCUAAUCCAAUGGUAUUUUCGUUUAUAAAUGUACAUAUCUUUAUCUGAAACACUGAUGUCGCUGACAUUUGUUAAAGCAGUAUGAUUUCAAUUCGAUCAUUUUUGUUGUGUUAAAUUAUUUUCUGUAAAAUGAAGAUGUCGGUUCUCAUGAUAGCUUUACAUAUUUAUGGCAUGCAUUUUGAUACAUUGUAUAAUAUAGCGAUAAUGCCUUUAUAUUGUGAUAGUGUGAUUGUCAAAGUGUAAACGCAGUGGUAACAGUAUGACCAUUGUAAAUGUUGCGAAAGUGUGAGGUUAUGCGCAUAUACACUUGUUUAAACCUCCAUUUGACUCAUGGCCCAGUGAACUCGAGCUUCUGUGAUCUAAGGCGGUAAUCCAAUCAUUCAUUGAUUAAGCGAUUGUAAUGUAUGUUUGUGGUGUCUGUACAUUUUCGUCUCUCGUUCAUUGUCGUUUGGCCCUAACUCUAUGCCUGUAAACAGGGUUCAUACAUUAUGGUUGUACUACUGGGCAUGGUCCUUCAGUUUUCAUUGUAUUACGUCAAAUUAUAAGAAAAACAACAACCCGUAUUCACUGAACGUUAUUUCUUGUUAUGGUACUGGUGUUUUCUUUUCCAAGAAAGAGUCAAGUAUUAUGCGGGCCGCAUAAUACUUGACUCUUUCUUGGAAAAGAAGACACCUAUGCGUGUAAUUUUGUUGUUAAUUAAACAUUUAUUUGA